GACAUUGAGAAGGCUCUAGAAGGAUAUACACCUGCAGCCUUACGUGGUGCAAGCCUACAUUCUCCGGGGGAUUUAUCCUGGCAAGAUAUAGGAGGACUGAAUGAUAUCAAGGCUGUCUUAGUAGAAACUCUACUUUGGCCAUCAAGGUAUCCAAAAUUGUUUGCCAGUUGUCCUCUCCGUCUUCGUUCGGGAAUUCUACUAUAUGGACCCCCUGGUUGUGGUAAAACACUUCUUGCUGGGAUUGUUGCAAAGGAAUGCGGAUUAAAUUUCAUAAGUAUUAAGGGUCCGGAAAUACUUAAUAAAUACAUUGGUGCUAGUGAGCAAGCUGUUCGAGAUUUAUUCGUGAGAGCUCAAUCAGCCAAGCCAUCCAUUUUAUUUUUUGAUGAAUUUGACUCGAUUGCACCCAGGCGAGGACAUGAUAGUACUGGUGUUACAGAUCGAGUUGUCAACCAACUCCUCACUCAAUUAGAUGGAGUAGAAGGCUUGGAAGGUGUAUAUGUACUUGCUGCAACCAGUCGACCUGACUUAAUCGAUCCAGCACUUUUGCGCCCUGGCAGAUUUGAUAAGUGUUUAAGAUGUGAUUUGCCAACAAAGCAAGAACGAGUUGAAAUCUUGAAAGCGCUUUCACAAAAAUUAACCUUAUCAAAAGAUGUUGACCUAGAUGAAAUUGCUGAAAGUUCUGAACAUUUUAGUGGGGCUGAUCUGAAGGGACUCUUAUAUAAUGCUCAGAUAACAUCUAUACAUGAAAGCCAACAGUAUUAUACAAAGGUAUCAAAUACAGUCCAGGAUUAUCAACCCAAUAAAUUUACAAAUAAAGAAAUACUACUCAUACACGGUUUCAAUGAGACUCCACGAUCUCCAAAUGAUACCGAAAUUAAAGAAAUCAAUGCAGCGGUAUGA